AUGGGCUCCCUAAACGACAUUGGUGUUGCCGCAGGAAUAAACAUAUUAUCCGCAGUGGGCUUUCUUCUCGUGUUCGCAGUUGUUAGGAUACAACCUAUUAAUGAUCGGGUAUACUUUCCAAAAUGGUACCUUAAAGGGACAAGAAGCAGCCCAAGGCACAUCGGAAAUGUCUUGUCAAAAUUUGUGAAUGCUGAUGUGUCAACAUAUCUUCGGUUUCUCAACUGGAUGCCCGCCGCGCUGAAAAUGCCAGAACCUGAGUUAAUUGAGCAUGCAGGACUAGACUCUGCGGUAUAUGUCCGCAUCUAUCUUCUCGGUUUAAAAAUAUUUGUGCCAAUUACUGUGCUGGCAUUUGCUGUCCUAGUUCCUGUCAAUUGGACUAGUGCAACUUUAGGGGAUGAUGAAGAGGGUCUAAGUUAUGAUCAAAUUGACAAGCUUUCAAUAUCGAAUCUUGGUCCAGGUUCAGAAAGGUUUUGGGUACACAUUGGAAUGGCCUAUGUGUUUACCUUUUGGACAUUCUACGUGUUAUAUCAUGAAUAUAAGGUUAUAACAACUAUGAGAUUGCACUUUCUUGCCAAUCAAAAUCGUCGGCCCGACCAAUUCACGGUACUUGUGAGAAAUAUACCAGUUGACCCAGACGAAACAGUUGGUGAGCAUGUUGAGCACUUCUUUGCUGUGAAUCAUCGCGAGCAUUAUCUCAGCCACCAGGUUGCAUACAACGCAAACGCCCUUGCCAGUUUGGUUAAGAAGAAGAAAGGCUUGCAAAACUGGCUGGUCUACUACGAAAACCAGCACGCUAAGAACCCUGAAAAGGAGCUGACUAUUAAGACAGGACUGUGGGGUCUUUGGGGGGAAAAGGUGGAUGCAUUACAACACUACAAGACAACAAUCGAGGAGCUAUGUAAACAGGAGGAUGAGGAGAGGCAGAAGGUGAUUAGUGAUCCUAAGGCUAUAAUGCCAGCAGCAUUUGUGUCUUUCAAUAGUCAGUGGGGGGCUGCUGUUUGUGCACAAACACAGCAGACAAGUAACCCAACGGUGUGGUUAACUGAGUGGGCUCCGGAACCUCGGGAUGUUUACUGGCCUAAUCUCGCCAUCCCUUUUGUCGAGCUCUCGAUCAGGAGGCUUAUCAUGGCUGUUGCGCUCUUUUUCCUGACAUUUUUCUUCAUGGUCCCAAUUGCGCUCGUCCAAUCCGUGGCCAAUCUCGACGAUAUUGAGCGGGUGCUUCCUUUCUUGAAACCUAUAAUAGAGAGAAAUGGUCCAAGGUCAGUCAUACAAGGUUUCUUGCCAGGAAUCGCAUUGAAAAUCUUCCUUAUAUUUCUGCCAACAAUUCUCAUGGCCAUGAGCAAGAUUGAAGGCCACGUAUCACUCUCUGGAUUGGAGAGGAAGACAGCAUCAAAAUACUUCCUGUUUAUUUUCGUCAACGUAUUCUUGGGAAGUGUAGUAGCUGGAACAGCGUUCCAGCAGCUGAACAGUUUUAUCCAUCAAUCCACUAACAAAAUUCCAGAGACCAUUGGAGAAUCCAUUCCCAUGAAAGCAACUUUUUUCAUCACCUACAUUAUGGUGGAUGGAUGGGCAGGCAUUGCCGCUGAGGUUCUUAGGUUGAAGCCGUUGAUCAUGUUCCACAUAAAGAACACAUUCUUGGUCAGAACCGAGCAAGAUCGCGAGCAGGCCAUGGACCCUGGGAGCUUGGAGUUUGGCAGCACCGAACCGCGAAUACAGCUCUACUUCCUCCUAGGGCUUGUAUAUGCUGUUGUGACACCCAUCAUUCUUCCUUUCAUCAUAGUCUUCUUCGGCCUGGCCUAUCUUGUUUUCAGACACCAGAUCAUCAAUGUCUAUAACCAGCAAUACGAGAGCGGCGCGCAAUUCUGGCCAGACGUACACGGACGAAUCGUCACCGCAUUAGUCAUAUCGCAGAUCCUGCUGAUAGGACUGCUGAGCACACAGGAAGCAGACCAGUCCACUGUCGCCCUUCUUCCUCUUCCUGUCCUGGCCAUAUGGUUCCACUACGUCUGCAAGGGCCGGUUCGAGCCGGCAUACAUAAAAUUCCCCUUGCAGGAGGCCAUGGUGAAGGACACGCUGCAACGGGCAAACGACCCGAUGCUGAACCUGAGAGAGUACCUCAAGGACGCAUACGUGCACCCCGUCUUCCGCAGCGGUGACAUCUAUGAGCUCUUGGCCAUGGAUGAAGAGGAGAACCCCCACCUUGUCGCGACCAAGCGGCGGUCUCGGAUGACCACGCCGGUGGACAGCAAGUUCAGUUCCAGCUCUGGCACCAACGAAGGAGAGUUCAGCCGGCCGCGUCCUAGCUGA